AUUAGUUACUGUUAGUCGGCCUUUGGGUGUUCUUGUACGUGUCGAGUACAGCAAAUUAAUAAGGAGAGCGCAAAAAAGAAUUUGUUGAUCUGUAGUACAGUGUACUUUAACGAGUAAUAUGCAGGCACUCCAGCACAAAGGCUUUAUCGAUAUGAAGCAAGCUGACAAGUCAGUGAUUGUCGACCUUAUGCAUACUCAGCAAUAUAGUCAACUCGGCCAACUUAGUCCACCGCACAGUCCAGAGCUAAUCCACAACUUCCAAUCUAAAAACGACAAAACUGGGUCAGUGCCGCCGCAAGUAGAUCCAAACAUACGCAGAUACAGAACAGCCUUUACGAGAGACCAACUAGCUAGGCUAGAAAAGGAAUUCAUAGCCGAAAACUACGUUAGCCGGCCUAGAAGAAUAGAACUCGCUGCCGAGCUCAAUCUUCCGGAAUCGACGAUCAAGGUCUGGUUUCAGAACCGUCGUAUGAAGGACAAGCGACAGCGUAUGGCAGUUGUCUGGUCUUAUCCUAUGUAUCCAGACUCGGCACUGGCGCUGCUGGCAGCUGCCUCGUUGCCAACACCAGGGUACAAUCCAGGAGCAGCGGCAGCCGCCGCUACUGCUCACCAAUUAGCCCAGGUACCCGGAUACGGGGUUGUGGCUGCUCACUAUGCACGCUACGCACCCUAUGGACUACAUUCGUCCAUGCAUAGGCCGCACACCCAAUUACCAGCAACGUAUCCGUCGCAACCGCCACCUUCAUACCAACAGCCUCAUCAUGGAUUCCAACAACUGACCGCUGCUUAUCAAAAUUCGUCACAGCCACCGCUAAGGCCUAGUCCUAUGCUAGCCCAGCCGCAGCUUAGUCCAGCCAACUCAGAUGCAGGUUCAUCUAGCAGUGACUACAACUGCAACGCUAAUUCUGGCCUUGGCAGUUGCCGAAGUAAUUACCAAGGCAAUAUCGGAAGCAAAAGCCCUCAGCUUCAACAGCACUCAAGUGGAAGCCAGCUAUAUACGGGUCUUUUUUCAGCAUCCGCUGCUGCUACCAGUAUACCGACGCUGACAACUACCAAGAGCAUCAAGCUCUUCCAGCCUUACAAAAGUGACGUCAUUGAAAAGACGUAGAAAUUCCAUCGUCAAUAUUGACCAACAAUCAUUCUUUUAUCUUUCUGAUUCUAGAUUGCAUCUUUGUUAUUUAUUGUUAAUAUCUCUACGGCAUCCUGCUAUCUGCCAUCAUGCCAUCAUUUGGUCAUGUUAUAUAUAAACUAUGUAAAUAUUAGCACAUAUUUUUUUGUUUUUUAGAAUAAUAAUUUUGUUUUUAGUUUACCACACACACACACACACAAUUUACUUUCUGUACAUAUUCUUAUGUAUAAGCUAAUCUAUACUUUUAAGAUUCGGGAAAAUGCAAUAUUUCAAAUACGAUUAUAUCGCGUGUGGCUUGCAUAACCAUCUAAACGGUCAGAGCUGUUUUCCUAAAAUAUACCAGACCGAUGUUUUAUAGCAGUAUUAAAUGACCGUUUUGGUAUUCAAUGAUUGAGACAUGAACACGUGUCAUCAAUGAAUGUGGUUAUAAUUAUUUCAAUGUAGCUGUAAAUUAUAUAUAUCUUAUAUUAUUAUAGAUAUGAUGUAAAGUUAUGACUUUUGCCGGCAGUAUGAACUCCCUACAAUAAAAAUUAAUGA